AAGGACUAAAUAAAUAUGUCUGUUAACAAUGGCACAUUCAAGUAUCAAAAUGAAAGUUAUGUUUUUCUCAACAUGACUGUUAAUUCAAUAUGUCGUCUUGCACUAUUUACACCAAAAUGACUCUAGUAUUUCUUAUUCCUAUUUUAUUUUUUUCCAGUAAUUUUCCCAUCUCUGAACUGCGGGACAGUCCCUCUCUCGCCGUCGUCGACUCACCACCGUUACAGCACCGCCUACCAUCUCCGUCAGAGAACGCACCGCCAUCUAUAGGAAGUGUGGCUGAAGACUAUUCUAAAAAAGAUUGGCCAUUUCCUGAUUUUCAACUACCUUUGUAUUUGCUUACCCCUGACAUUUCGACAAUCAAACCACCGCACUGAAGAGCGGUUACGCAGCGUCCUCCGGUGCAGUCACCAUCGAGGUUCUUCCAUUCUGCUUCCCCUCUGCUACGCACUUGAAUUGCUAGUUUAGGGCAAUGGGACGCGAACUUAAAGUGAGGGUUGUAUGUAGGAAACUCUAUGACUACGUCUGCUAUGAUCUCAAAGAAAUUGCUUUUCCAUCUUCCUUGCCCGAUCCUCCAAACAUUAAAAAGCGUCCUAAAUUGACUUGGGAGCAGCGUAUCUGGGUUUUGAAGAAAGCUACUAGGCUUUAUGCUGCUAGCUGGGUUCGUGACAUUGGGCCUGAUCUUCGGCCAAACGAUUAUAAGACGGAUGAAAUGAACGAUGAAUCUAAUGCUCAAAAGAAAACAGCUAAAGAUAAAGAACUCUCAAUAGUGGAGGAACUCGCUAUAGCUGCUAGAGGGGGAAUGGAGACUCUCAGACCUGCUCUGCAGCGUCUAUAUAUGACUAGAGCUUCUGCAUACAGAGAUGCUAUGAAGAGUUUUAUAGAGGGAUACCUAGAGGGUGUUCAGCAAGUAAGGGAGAAGAAAGAAAAUUCCAAAACUGAAGAAGAUGCCGAUGUAUCAAAAAAAUCAACUUGAAUUUCUUCUCCUGCAGACCUGCCGGUCAUCUAAAAUCAAGCUGCAGCUUUGCAGAAAGUAGUGUCUGUCCCCAUUCAUUCAAGGGUUUGAAUGUAUAUCACAUUGAACAGAUAUAAUUUGAUGUUCUUAAAUAAUGUAUUUGGGGUACUAAAUAUCAUGUGGUAGAACUUGUUUUGUUUUGCAAUUUUUUGUAUUACAAAGUUUUAAGUUGUGUGCACUUAUUUGUGAUGUUAAUAGUAUAUUUGUUCAGAAAAUGGGAGCAUUAGCAUUAGUUGAUGGCAUGCUUA